GAAAAUAGCAUACAUUAUUUCACAAUAGAAAUGAGAUAGAUUUAUUAUUUGUAGCACGUAUAAACGUUGCCCAUUGUUUACCUGGGAAAGUUUCCAAGAGACAAUUAUGAAUACUUAUUCAUAUAUAUCAUAUACAAAUUCGCAAUCUGUUACAUUGCCAAUUAUGCGUAAAUAACGAAACAACACCUAAAGCUAGUUACAAUUGAAAGUACAUUAUACGUUCAAUCAGUCGAAACUCGUAAUACCAUAUUACACACAUAAAACCUCGGAGGACUGGGAUGAAAGUCAAGAAAUCCAUCCAAAGGGAAGAGAGAAAAAAAGAGAAAAAAAUCGAUGCUUCUCUAUUACGAUUUGAUUUUUUUCCGAACUAAUGACUGUUUCAGUAAGUUUUGGUGCCGAGUGCCAAGAUGGCGUAGCUCUGUCUAACGUGGAUCGGUCCGUUUGUAUCCCACUGGAAUUCAAACGCUGCAUUUGGAGAAGCUGUGGCAUUUAUCGAGCGACAUCGUGUCACCCCGUACACAGCAAGCAGGAGAAAUUAGUAUUCCUCGAUCUCUAUAUAUGCGUCCUCUAGCUGCUGCAAACGGGGACAAUGUCGUUACUAGGCAACGCGAAUGGCGUCCCCGCCUAGCGCUCACAUAAUAAAUUCGAAAUUAACUAUCUGAACAUCGGGUUGUGGUAUCCCGCGAGCUACUGAGUAAAUAAUUAAUGCUAUCAACUUUUGUGCUUGUUUUUUUUUUUCGAGUGUAUUUGAUCCGUUUUUGCGGCAACAAAAAUACAACAUUUUCAAGGUCGACCGGAUGAAAGCAAAUCGUUCGGAGCUCAUUAGUGAUAUACCUUAAUUUACAAGUGGGAUUUAUCAUUAGCGCAAAAUUGAGGUGGAAUAAGUCUUAUGUGAAGUUUUCAAGAGAGGACGUUUGUUUGUUUUGCAAUGACAUCUUGUUAUCAUUGCUGAUCACCCAAGGGUAACAAGUGUUUAGAAGUUUCACAAAAGGGGAUUUCUUUUUAAAGAAAGAAAAAAAAGAAAAGGGUAGAAUUAUGUACCCGAACAUUUAAAUCCUCGGCUUCGAAUGUGUGUACUUUGAAAGAUCAACAACUCCGUCGCCUGGAUGGUCACCGCCAUGAAGAAUUUCCUCAAGUUUAAGACUGGGGAAAGUCCAGACGUCAGGAAAUUUGGGGAGGAGUACUACCUGAGAGAGGCCAAGAUAUGGCGACCCUUCAGGAUUGGAGGGGUGUUCUCCAUCGCCAUAGCCCUUCCCCUGGCCCUGGCCUCUAUCCUUCACGACAACUGGAUGUACGGGGACGGCUUCCGUAGCGGUAUGUGGGACACGUGCUUCCAGAUGGACAACACUAGCGUCCCCCCAAUCUGCAUUGAGGACUCGGUCCAGCGCUGGCAGAAAGCCGUGAUAGGUUUGAUGAUUUUCUCAGCUUCCUUUGGAUUUAUCGCUUCCAUUUUGGCCGUUUGUGGAGUGUGUACGUCACCAUUGCCCAAAAAGAUUUACUACUUCCAUUCCGCAGGAGAAAUAUUCCUAGUCUGUGCAAUAAGUACAGGAGCCGCCUUAAUCAUUUACCCGGUUGCCAUGGAAUCAAACAACUCGUCCUCGGCUCAUCAGUACGGUCCAGGUUAUGGGCUGGGGUGGGGCAGUGCCUUCUUUUUUCUAGCAGCCGCAUUUUGUAUGAGUUUGGAUGAUCUAAUGAUGGAUUCGAACCUCGUUCUGGUGUUGCUAGCGAUUACGCCGCUGUGUCUGGCGGAUAAUUCGGCCACUGUUCCGAUGACCAAGACCCACACCUGGAGCGGGAACUUUGAGGGUCACUUCAUCCUCCCCAUCACCCACGGGGAUCUGAUCGGAUGGGAGGCCAUUAUUACCUUUAAUGUACCAGUAACUAAUAUACAACAAUACGUUGGUACUGUAAAAAGAACCAGUUCCGACAACAAAAUUAUUCUCCUGGUGAACAAAGCAGAUAAGGGCAUCGUGAAAGAAGGCAGCUCUUUGGAUAUUCAGAUCGGCGGCCAUUACACCGGAAGUACGGAACCUACGGCAACGGCAGACAUUGUGGAUCUGUCGUUUGAUUCACAAGUAGUUCCAACAGUGGUUGAUGCUGACGGCACCAAGUAUAAUUACGAUGAGGUCCUGAUGAAGUCCAUUCUGUUCUACGAGGCCCAGCGCUCCGGCAAACUCCCACCCACCAACAGGAUCCCGUGGCGGGGGGACUCCGCCCUCACCGACCACGGCGACAACGGCGAGGACCUGACCGGAGGGUGGUACGACGCUGGCGAUCAUAUCAAGUUCGGAUUCCCGAUGGCUAGCUCCACAACCCUCCUGGCCUGGGGCCUCCUGGAGUACAAAGACGCGUAUGAACACAGCGGUCAGCUGGAGAACAUGUACGACUGUAUCCGGUGGCCUCUGGAGUGGAUGCUCAAAUGUCACACCGGUCCAAACGAACUGUAUGUUCAGGUCGGUGAUGGUGGACCGGACCAUGGAUAUUGGGGUAGACCGGAAGACAUGACGAUGUCUCGACCUGCGUACAAAAUCACCGCAAAUAGACCAGGAAGUGACAUAGCUGCCGAGUACGCAGCCGCAUUUGCUGUAUCCCACUUAGUCUUCAAAGAAAAGGAUCCAGAAUUUGCCGAAAAACUGCUGACUCAUUCCAAGCAGCUGUAUGACUUUGCGGUUCAUCACAAAGCUAGAUACACUGACAGCGUCAAUCAGGCGGCUGCUUAUUACAGGUCUGAUAAGUAUGAGGACGAGCUGACUUGGGGCGCCGCCUGGCUGUUCCGGGUCACUAAUGACACUAAAUAUUUGAACUGGGCGGAGCAGUACUACAUUACGGGUCCGGACUGGGGGCAGUCGUGGGACGACAAGUACUCGGGGAAUAUGAUCCUGCUUUACAAUAUGACCGGAAAAGACAUAUACAAGAAUGAUAUCGAGGCUACGUUUACCGACUGGAUGCCGGGCGGAAGUGUACCGUACAGUCCCAAGGGGCUCGCCUUCCGGUCCCAAUGGGGCUCUCUCAGAUACGCUUCCAACAUGGCGUUUAUGGCGUUGUUGGCGGCCGAUGUGGGGAUACACCCAGACCAAUACAGACAGUGGGCGAGGUCACAGAUAGGGUACGCCCUGGGGGACACAGGCAGGAGCUUUGUGGUCGGCUUCGGGACCAACCCUCCCCAGCGUCCUCAUCACAGGUCCAGUUCCUGUCCAAGCCGCCCCUCCCCGUGUUCUUUCGCGGACCAACAACAGCCCGGCCCUAACCCCCACACCUUGUACGGGGCCCUGGUGGGCGGGCCCAACGGUCAGGACCAGUACACAGACGACAGGAAAGACUACGUCAGCAACGAAGUCGCGUGUGAUUACAACGCUGGAUUUCAGAGCGCCGUUGCAGGUAUGGUAACGCUUUAACAAAUUAUUCUUAGU